GGCGCUGCACAGCGAUCUCUCUCGGUCACAUUCAGAAGGAAGUGACCCCCCUGUUACCACACCCACCGCUCCCCUGCAGAAGCUCGGAAACAGUGUCGUCUUUUAGACAUUGGUGUACAUUUGACCAACCUGCACACCAUGCUUAACAUAUCCAUUUUGAAGGUUGAAAGCCCGUCCUGCCUCUUGGGCCGGGUGGUUCUUGGUCGGGGCAGGGAAGCAGAGACCUUGGGUCAGUACGACAGUCUGCUGGCUCAGAUGAACCUGUUCUACCACGACGUCACCCAGGACCUGCACAAGCUGAAGCCCACAUCGUUAGAAGAGGGGCAGGUGUGUGUGGUGUACUGGGCGGCGAUGAAGUCGUGGUGCCGGGUGCUGAUUGAGUCCAUCUUCCUGGAUUCGGUGUCCUGUCUGGCUCGCUGCCUCCUGGUGGACCACGGAGAGAGACUCGUCGUCCCUUCAGACCAGAUCCGGAUCGCUAUGCAGCAUUUCCUCCAGCUGCCCUUCUGUGUGAGAAGGUUUCACCUGGCAGGAAUCAAACCGACAACCCUGCAAGUGUCCGUCCACGAUGAGAAGGCGAGACUCAUAGCGUCCACUCAGUGGGACAGCUCAUCUACUUUGUACCUGCACAGCCUGCUGCAAGCUUCCACUCAGACCGAGGCUGUGCUGCUUGAAUCCGAGGCGGACUCUACCUCCAUAGAGCUCUACCUGACUGUAGGAAACAUCAAGAUCUGUUUGAACGACGAUCUGGUGGCCAAGAAGUUUGCUUACUACAGCAGAGAGUCAGCUGACAGCGGGAUGGGCGAGCUGGACCAGCUUCCUGUCAUGUUGUCCUCCAGCGUAUUAACCCAGACCACCUGCAGCACCUCAAACAAGCCGAGCACAGACACCCAGUCCCCUGCUGCUAUUUCUUCAGGUCUUUCCUCUGCAGCCGGAACAGGGGCUGGUGUGCCACCUCGCUCUGCUCCGCUUCAGAACCAACAGCAUGAGCUGCAGCCCCGUGAAGCAGGCAGCAGAGAGCCUGAGAUUCUGCACAAGCAAGCGUUGACCAGCGUGAGUGAUGAAGGUGGAGCUGAAGGUGUUUGUGAGAGCAGUCCGAUGGAAUGUCUCGAAGAUGAAGCAGCAUGCAGGUGGAGCUCGAAGGAGAGAGCGUGGAGGAGUGAGACGGACUUGGCCUUUUCACGCCUCUUGGAGUGGUUGAACCCAGAGCCCGCGAACCCUGAUCCAGACUGUGCACACAACGCGGUUGUUUCCAGUGAUCCCAGGAUGAGUAGGAUACUGGUGCACUCCGCCCUCCCAGUGGAGCCCUGCAGCAGCCUGGACGACGCCCCCAUCACAGACGCUCUGCGCUGGGUGUUGAAGAGAAAGCAGAGCAGCAGUCUGACUCCAGCUGAGCGCUACAGCUGGCCCGCUGUAGCUCGAGGCUGCAACACCGUCAUCAUCUCGCCCGACGCCGAGCAGCCGCUCAGCUACAUCGCCCCGCUGCUCACACACAUCCUGCUCAACUCCAUCUUCGCCCGCUUCACCGCCACCGCAGGGCCCAUGGCAGUGCUGCUGUGUCCGGGCUGGGAGAAGGUGAUGGUGAUGAUGGAGCUGCUGGAGGAGAUGAAGCUCGGCUCCGCCCUCCACCCCGUCACCCUGCUGCUUGGCAUCAGGAAGGACGAGGCCAAGGCCGUCCGGAUCCCCAAGAACUGCCUGCUGCUGGUGACCACUCCCUUCACUCUGGUGCGUGUGCUGUCCUGCCAUCGCUUCUUGUUCCUGCGUCUGUGCCACCUGGUGCUGGACGAGGCCGACCGGCUCUUCACUCUGGCUCCAGAUCAGAUGGCGACCAUUUUGCAGCAUUUCCAGAAGGUGACCUCGAGCGAGGAGAAGACUUCCUGUCCGCAGCAGCUUGUAGCCGUGGCGAAGAAAUGGACCAUUCACAUGGAGGCUCUGUUAGCCAAUCACAUGCCGUACCCGUGCAUCGUCAUAACGGUCCCAAAGGAGGCCGCUCUCUACGGCGACGUUCAGCAGAUCAUCCUCAUGACUGUGGAGAGCAGUAAGAUCUCAGUGCUGCUGGGUGCGCUGGAUUUCAACCCCGACGUCGGCCAGAAGACUCUGAUCGUAGCCGAAUCUGCUCAGGAGGUGGAAGACGUGUUCAAGGCCUUGAGCAACAAAUCAGCGUUCUGCCUCAAGACCCACGAGGGGUUAACACAGCAGUUUGACUUUGUCAUCCAGCAGUGGAGGAAAGACAUCGGGCCCAGGACUCACGUUAUUCUGGUGACCUCCACCGAGUGUCUGGGGUGUCUGGGGAUCAGAGAUGCCACGUGUGUCGUCCACUACAGCUUCCCCACGUCCCCCAAAGUUUUCGGCAGCCGGCUGUUCUGCAUGUCCGAGAACUUCAGGAACCUUUCAGAGCGGGAUCAGACGGGAAGUCCUCGCGUCACCCGCUCCGUGCUGCUGUUCUCCGAGAGGAACAGCUGUCACGCGAUCGGGGUUCUGCAGUACCUGUACCGGACCGACGCCCCGCUCCCCCCCGAGCUGCUGUCCUUCACUCAGGGGGUCCACAGGGCCCGCGAGGAGCAGAAGACCCACAAACCUCUCUGUGGAUUCAUCAAGAGCUACGGAGAGUGCAGAGACAGCAGUGUGUGUCCCGACCGUCACACCUUCGUCUCCCAGCUGGAUCGGUCGGGGCUUCCUGCCUCGGGAAUCAUAGAAGUGCUUCCUCUCUACAUUAAGACGGCCUCCGUGUUUUACGGCCGCAUCGUCAGGAGGGAGGAUGGAGGUCUCCAGAGCAUGGCGUCGGAGAUGACGGCUUACUACGCCGACAAGAAGCCGGGAGCCGAGGAGAUGCUGGAGGGAGGAUUGUACGCCGUGCUGGAGGACGACUGCUACCACAGGGUGAAGAUCCUGUCCGUCCCCACCAGAGGGGACCGACUGUUCUUCACCGUGUUCGUCCGGUUCAUCGACGUGGGGAAGGAGGUGGAGGUGAAGUCCCAUCAGAUCCUGCAGCUCCCGGAGAGGUUCCACUCUCUGCCCGGCCAGGCCGUAGAGAUCAUUGUCUGCUGCGUCAAACCAAUCGACACAGAGACCGACUGGCACCCCAAGGUCACCAGAGCGAUCAGCCAGAAGAUCUGCGGUCUGCAGCACCGAGCCAGAGCCGUCUUCAGUCUGGGAAACACGGUGUUUGUUGAUCCAAUGGUCCGUUUGACGAAGGUGCCGGGUACGAAAAUUGUGAUCAACGAGUACACCGUGCAGUCAGAGAUCCUUGCCUCUGGGAUGGCCGUCAGUCACCCCGAGCACGUGGAGCUGCUGAGGGCGCUGUGCCAGGAGAGCAGUGGGGGGGCUUGCAUCUCUGAGUGUGCCAAUGGUCCGGUGUCUCUGGAGGUCCGGAUCAAAGAGGAGGAGGAAGUUCUGGCUGAAGCCGCCACACUAGCCGAGCUCGCUGACCUCCCUCCCCUCAAUCCCUGUGAGCCUCUCAGGCCAGAUUCUUCCUCAAUCCAGUCCCUGGUCCCAGCACCACCAGUAUCCGACCUCCACCUGGCUCCAGUGUGUGAUCAGAGACCCCUGAUGGUCAGCCAGUCAGCUACUGGACAGAAGAAGAGGAUCGAAGAUGGAGAACAUCACCCCCUGAUCAGCAAGACGGCUUUUCUAAACCCCAGGGAAAACGGUGUGUCUGCAGAAGAGGAUCAGAGCAGCCGCCAGCAGCUCGUCAGCAGUAAUGGUGCUGACUCCCCUGAAAGUUUCCACCCCCCGACCCGCUGGUACCAGACGUCCGACUCUGUGAUUGUGACGAUGAAGCUGAAGGAGCCGCAGAGCCAGAGCUGCCACUUCUUCCCGGACAGAGUGGUGUACAGUGGCAGCUUGAACGAGCGGACCUACAGAGCCGACCUGCAGCUUCACGCCAACAUCGCUCCGGACCGCUGCUGCUGGGAAAUGAGGUCCAAUGAGCCGGUCCUCAAACUGGUCAAACAGCAGCCGGGACCAUGGGAGAAGCUCGUCAGGAACAAGAAUAUUUUUGUGACUUACAACAUGGAGCACUUUGAGGAAAAUGAAGACAGAACCCCGAACGGUGUGUGUUUUGUGGAGAACAUCGGAAAUGACUACUGCUAUGCGAUGUCAGAGAGCGGCAGUGAGAGCGACUGAAGGAUGGAGACAAACACCCUGAGUCAUCUGUAAAGGGUUAAGGAAUAUUACGACCCGCUGUGUGAUUGAAGUGAUUUUAGGAACACAAACACAAAGCAGAUGAGCGUUCCCUUGUUGUUAGAGCACCUUGAGAUUUAAACUUUGGGGAGGCAAGUGUUGAGUUUGAUUCACAGUUCUUUAUUUCUCGUCUUUAAAAUCCCAGUUCUGCGUUACAGGAGACCAAACUGGGAUUAUUGGUAUCAAGCGAUUCAACGUGUUUGAACUUGUUACUGCGUUUACAUUGACAGCUCUGCUUUUCUAUCUAGCUUCUCAAACCUGAUUUGCACAUUUUAUUUCUGUUAAUUCUUAGUAUAUCCUGUGAGUUUUCACAUUUUUCAAAUCCCCAAACUGUUUUGACAUUUGAGUAAAAUAAAAACAAAUUGGAGGCCAA